UAGCUAACAAUAGUUUGUGUUGCUAACAUUAAUAUUCACCAUCAGCUAUAAUAACUACAGUGUCGUUGUCUGCAUUGUAUUGGUACCUGACUACAUAAAAAUGUGUAUACUUUCAGUAAUUAUUAUAAACUAGCUGCUUCUCUAGAUAUAAGUCCGCUAAAUACCAAACGUUAGCUGCCAGCUGGCUACUUAAUACCGCAAACGCCUAUUUAUAACUGGGAUAGCUCAAUUAACUCAUCUGAAUGGCAUUAAAAUGGAACGUUACCCGGAGAUGGAAGAAGACAUUUUGAGCACAACACUUGCAUACAAAAAAAGCCCCAAGACCUCAAAGAGAACAUCCUUCCAGGAUGAACUACAAGCUGCUAUCACUGCCAGAGCACGUAAGAUGAACACUGAAGAGAGUUACUCUUAUGCUGAUGACUUUGAUGAUGAUGAUGCAUUGGAGCAGCUUCUGAGUCUGAGGAAGAAGAAGAUGGACACUUUCAGAGCGGGAAAAAAGAAAGCGGUGGAAUUUAAGGUGUCCGACGAGGACCAGAAAAGCGCGAAGCCGAAGCGGGUGUCCUUCAUGAAGACCAGACGGAAAGGCUCCCCCACGCCCAGCAGCUCCUCGGACCUGGGGAACGCGGAGAGGGGUGAGACGGAGAGCGGGGUGAGCGGCAGCAGGAGCGGCUCCUCCCAGUCCUCCCGCUCCGACAGGUCCGGGCCCAAGUCCGUGCAGUUCCGCCUGGAGCCGAGCACCUCGGACGGGAGCCGGUCCGCCUCUCCUGGGCCCCCGUCCUCGCAGAGGAGCGAGGAGAGGCAGGAAGUAGUGACCGGCAUGGAGGAGAACUGGGGAGAGGUGGGUAAAGAGAGACAGGAAACACCGACCGAUGGGGAGCGAUGGGAAAAGGCGACGGGCGGAAAGGGGAAGGAAACGGAGACUGACGGACGCAGGCCGGUGGGAACACCCAUUGCGGAGGACAAGGAGGGACUGACGAGAGUGGAGAAGGAAGCACCUGUCCCUCAACCCCGAGAACGAAACGUCAGGAAGAGCCCGCGCUCAGGCAGUCCCCUCAGGGAGGAACGGCCGAAGCCCAGGCCCCGGCAGCGCCCUCCCGGGGAGGGGAGCCAGGCCGAGGAGGAGAGCGCGUUCGGAGGGGAGGUCAGCCGGCCGCCCACCUCCUCCGUCUCCAUCCCCCUGUCCUCGGCCGACAGGGCCAGCAGCGCGUCCUCAGCUGGGGAGAAAGAGGCCUUCAGAGAUCCCAGCCCUCAGAGGACAGAGGAAGACCGGUGUAUCUCCUCCCGGUUCAGUCAGUGUUCAUCAUCAAGAGGACAGCUGUCGGACACUUACAGCAGAUCUACAGACGCGUUGGACGGUUUGCCGGAGCAGGACAAGCAAGGCAGCAAGGACGAAUACAGUUCCACGUCCUUUGAGGUUAACCAGGAGGAUGAUGAGAAAGACUUGAACAGCGGUAACAGCGGACAAAGUCACUCCACAGAUAAAUCACACGAUAACAGCUCUCAAGGCCAGAGCAAGAAGAGGCCUAAAAGUGCCCUGGCUCAGGCUGCGGAGUCUCGAUACCUGGGGGCUUUGAAGGUCCUGGAUGACCUUGAAUCUCAGAUAAAAUCCCAGCCCGAUAUGGCAGACUCUGUCCGGGCCACUGUCUACCAGGAAUGGUUGAAAUCCAAACAGAAAGUAAUAAAGGAAGCAAUUAAAGUUAAAAAGCUGGAGGAACAGUUGAUCGAAGAGAAGAAACAACAGGAGGAAGCUUCCAGAAAAGUGGACGCCAAGUCGUCCUUCGCCGCCUGGAACGAGAAGAAAGCGGAAACGAUAAAAGCGAAGCUAAAAGAGAAGCAGGAAGUGAUGAAAAAACUCCAACAAGAAAUGGAAGAAAAAGCGGAGAAGAAAGAAAUGGCCAAGAAGGCCUUUGAGAAAUGGAAAACGGGGCAAGAUGAGUAUCUUAAAGAGAAAUACAGAAAACAAAAGGAGGCAGAACAGAAGCUGAAGCAGAAGAAGGAGGAGGAGGAAGAGGAACGAAAGAGAAACUGCACGUCCACCCUUUCAGAAUGGAGUCACGUAAAGAAGAAGGACAUCCUUGUGGAAGUAAGGAGGAAACGCAGAGAAGAAAAGAUAAAAGAAGAGGAGGAGAAAUAUAUGAAAGAAGAAAAGGGUAAAAUGGCUUUAGAGAUGUAUGAAAAAUGGCUGAAAAGGAAGGAGCGCCAAGAGAGAAGAGAGCGGACUCAAAGAAAGAUACGCGCAAUUCUCCAAGACGAGCCCCCUCCUCCGUGGAGCCCCCCCAACAAAACCGUACCUUUUGGAAGAUAAUCAUAACCGCUUAUUUUCUCCACUCAGUCGCGUCUGUGUUUUUAUAUCUGUUUUCUCCCUCGCAAGAAAGUCGUAAUUUUACACUGAAUCACACAAUUUAGGCUCAAAUGUAUUGCAUGUGUUUUUGUUUUUUCAUGAUCUACAGUACUGUAAAUGAUUGUGUUUUGCAGAAAAUAUAUUUUUCAUUGUGCAAUUUU